AUGGGGUUUCAUCAAAUUGACGAAAGGAACCAAGCUCUUCUCUCUAAGAUCGCUAUCGACGAUGGCCAUGGCGAGAACUCAGCCUAUUUCGAUGGGUGGAAAGCUUAUGAUAACAAUCCGUUUCACCCCGAGAAUAAUCCUUUGGGUGUUAUUCAAAUGGGUUUAGCAGAAAAUCAACUUUCUUUUGGUAUGAUUGUUGACUGGAUUAGAAAACACCCCGAAGCUUCGAUUUGUACACCUGAAGGACUUGAGAAAUUCAAAAGCAUUGCCAACUUUCAAGAUUAUCAUGGCUUACAAGAGUUUCGAAAAGCGAUGGCGAGUUUCAUGGGGAAGGUAAGGGGUGGGAGGGUGAAAUUCGACCCGAGUCGGAUUGUGAUGGGUGGCGGUGCGACCGGAGCGAGCGAAACCGUCAUCUUUUGUUUGGCGGAUCCGGGGGAUGCUUUUUUGGUUCCUUCUCCAUACUAUGCAGCGUUUGAUCGAGACCUAAAAUGGCGAACACGAGCACAAAUAAUUCCUGUUCAUUGCAACAGCUCGAACAACUUCCAAGUCACAGAGGCAGCCUUAGAAAUAGCCUAUAAAAAGGCUCAAGAGGCCAACAUGAAAGUGAAGGGUGUUAUAAUCACCAAUCCCUCAAAUCCCUUAGGCACAACGUACGACCGUGACACUCUUAAAACCCUCGUCACCUUUGUGAAUCAACACGACAUUCACUUAAUAUGCGAUGAAAUAUACUCUGCCACUGUCUUCAAAGCCCCAACCUUCACCAGCAUCGCUGAGAUUGUUGAACAAAUGGAGCAUUGCAAGAAGGAGCUCAUCCAUAUUCUUUAUAGCUUGUCCAAAGACAUGGGCCUCCCUGGUUUUCGAGUUGGAAUUAUUUAUUCUUACAACGAUGUCGUCGUCCGCCGUGCUCGGCAGAUGUCGAGCUUCGGCCUCGUCUCGUCCCAGACUCAACAUUUGCUCGCCGCCAUGCUUUCCGACGAGGACUUUGUCGACAAAUUUCUUGCCGAGAACUCGAAGCGUGUGGGCGAGAGGCAUGCAAGGUUCACAAAAGAAUUGGAUAAAAUGGGGAUCACUUGCUUGAACAGCAAUGCUGGAGUUUUUGUGUGGAUGGAUCUACGGAGGCUAUUAAAAGACCAAACCUUCAAAGCUGAAAUGGAGCUUUGGCGUGUGAUUAUCAAUGAAGUCAAGCUCAAUGUUUCUCCUGGCUCAUCCUUUCAUGUCACUGAGCCAGGUUGGUUUCGAGUUUGUUUCGCAAACAUGGACGACAACACCGUUGACGUUGCUCUCAAUAGAAUCCAUAGCUUUGUCGAAAACAUCGACAAGAAGGAAGACAAUACCGUUGCAAUGCCAUCGAAAACGAGGCAUCGAGAUAAUAAGUUACGAUUGAGCUUCUCCUUCUCCGGGAGAAGAUACGACAAGGGCAACGUUCUUAACUCACCGCACACGAUGUCGCCUCACUCGCCAUUGGUAAGAGCCAGAACUUAUUAA